AUGGCGACUGAAAGUGACCCUUCCUCUCCUUAUUUCUUGCAUCCGUCGGAUAAUCCAAGAGCGGUUCUCGUUUCGAGUCCUCUCACCGACGAGAACUAUUUGACGUGGCGGCGAGCAAUGCGCAAUGCUCUGCAAGUGAAGAACAACUACACUUUUGUUGAUGGUUCGUUGCCAAGACCAGAGGAUUCUGAGAAGGAGCAAGCUUGGGUGAAGUGUAAUUCCAUGGUGAUCUCUUGGAUCUUAGAUUCUUUGGCAAGAGAUCUCCAUGAAAGUAUUGUUUACAUCGAAACUGUGCAAGAAAUUUGGAAUGAUCUUGAAGAUCGUUUCUCUCAGAGCAAUGCACCACACAUACACCAACUGAAGUGGGACAUUGCUCUGUUACAACAAGCCGGACAAUUGGUUGCAGCCUACUUCAUGAAGCUGAAGGGGCUCUGGAACGAACUCGCAGUUUUAUCGUUGGUACCUAUGUGCACAUGUGGUACUGCAAAGGAGUUUGUAGUUGAGCGUGAACAAGAGCGGCUUCAUCAGUUCCUCAGGGACUGA